AUGCGUCUGCUGUAUGUUGCACCACUUCUAAUUCUCUACUUUUCACAGGUGCACGGUGAAUGCUGCUAUGAAGGAAACGAAUCGUUGUUCUGCAAAGUGUUUCAGUCGGCUUCCAAAGCUAAGCAAGACGCUAUCAGAUAUUAUUUUAAUGACGAUUGCAGUGAACUAGAAAAUGAAUUCAUGCAAGAACUUGCAAAUGCUAAAGACUUAUCAGUGAUACCGAUCACCAAAGAAGCAGCUCUAGAUUCACAGUACGAUCCUGGUUAUGAUGAAAAUGUUCGGCUAAAUAGGCGCGCUGUAAUAGCAUCUAAAAAAGACUACUAUAACACCGAAAAUAAAAUGCGAAACUUCUUACGUUUUGGAAAACGUGCUGAUGGUACGUUCUAUCGUUACAAUCGCGAUGGUCAAACACUAGCCUUCCUUCGUGAUGUUAAAUCUGCUCAUGGCUCGAAGCCCAAUUUCCUUCGUUUCGGUAAACGACAAUUUACGAGACAAGGUGCUUCUGGAAUUCCGUUUAAUCCAGCGUUAAUUCCUGAUCACAAAGGAGGACCAAAUUUCCUUCGAUUUGGAUAA